AUUUACGAUAGUUAGGGGUGUAUUUGUCUUUUUUUUCCCGAUAGAUUAUAAUAGACUCCAUCUUCUACUCACAUAGCUUCCAUUUUUUUUCUCUUCUUCAACAUCAUCAAUGGAGGAUGAAGAAGAAACACAGCAAAUACUCAAAGUUCUCGAAGCACUAAAACAAGCUUCACAACAACUACAAUCGAAUCCAGAAUCCGAUACAUCCGAAUCCGACUCAUCAUCUUCAUCAUCCGCCAUUAAAGCUUUGCUUGAGCUCGACACUUACUCCGACCCGAACCUCUUAAAUCUAUCUAACCAUCUCUCCGAUCUCAAAACCCUAAUCUCUUCGUUACAUAAAUCGAAACACAAACAUGGUAGAAUCAAAUCAUUCCUCACUCGUAGAGUCAAAACUCAUGAAAUCACAAAAGUUGCAGAAUCAAUCGAAUCAGAAAUCCAAGCUUGGAUUGAUCGAGAAUCGAUUACAAAUCUCACUAAUCAGCUUCAACAAAUCCGUUUACAAUCAAAUUCAUCGCAAUACGAAGAAGAUGAAGAUGAAAUCGUUGAGAAAUUAACUAUUUUCCAUGAUCGAUUGAGUCAGGGCUUCAAUAUAAACCUUCAGGAAUUGUUAUUGAAAUCAAAAAUUUUCUCCGAGCUCGAAUUUCUCAUCUGCUGCGACGGUAAUAUACCUGAGAAAAUUCGUGAAAAAGCUGGAUACGCUUUGAAAGAAGUUGUACUAUUCAACAAAGACGUAUUCGUUGGGCAAAUUCUAAUGGGUCAAACAAUAAAAGCUUUGAUUUCAAUGGAUUCUCUGUGUUCAUUAGAAGUUUUAUCUUCGCUUAUAAAAGCAAUUCGAAGUCCUUUCGUCGAUGUACUCGAAUCCGUUGGUGGAAUUUCAAAGUCGAUUUCGUAUUUAAACUCCGAUGAUUUGCCAUUCAAGGUAACUGCUAUGGAUUUUGUACUUGAAAUUGGGUAUUUUGGGAGAAAAGAAGCUGUAGAAGCAAUGUUGAACUGCGAUUUGAUUAAAAAAUUGGUGGGGUUACAGAGGUCUGAUUUGGGUGGUGAUUUGAUUGAUUUGGGAAAAGUUCAUGAUGAAGAAAUCGACGAAGAUGAACACGAAGAGAAAACGAAGAAGAAAAGGGGAAACAAAGAGAAGAGAUUUUUGGAGAAACAUCCAUUUGCGAGCUGUGUAGCAAGAUUUACAGUGCAAUUGGAAGUAGGAGAAGGAUUAAGACAGAGAGAAAAAAGGGGAUUUAAACAGGAGAUAUUGAAGAAGAUUAGAGACGCUUGUGAUACUGAUGCUGAAGCUGCCACCAUUGUUGCUGAGGUUCUAUGGGGUUCUUCACCUUGAAAGCCGACGAGUAAGCACGCGAGUCACGACUACCAAGGAAGUGAAAGAGAGCCUAAGAAUGGAAAAGAGCUAUUUAACUAUAAACAUGCUUCUCUGCGCAAUGUAAUUGAAAGAACUUUUGGUGCGUGGAAAAGUAGAUUCAGAAUACUAAGACAAGGCAUGAACAACUAUGAAUGUGACAUGCAAGUGAAAAUAGUAAUUGCUUGCGCUGUAUUGCAUAAUUUUUUACGUGAACACCAAAGUAGUGAUGGAAUAUUCAAUGAAUAUGAAAAUGAUGAUAUGGUUAUUGAUGAAAGUGACGAACUACUGGCUCAGGAUAACAACAUCGCUUCAUCUUCUCGAUCGUCUGAUUCGAAAAUGCAAACUCAUCGAGAAGAGAUUGUUCAUAAAAUGUGGGAAGAUUAUAUUAAAGAAUAGGUUGAACUCUUUCAGAUGAGAAAACAUAGGUUUUUCAGUGAUUAUAAUAUUUAUUUCCUUUUGUUUUCUUCUCUUUUUUUUUCCGAAUUUAUAUUAGUUGUAUUUUCAUUAUCAUGAUUUGUACCAAGACCUUUUCACUAUACGAAUAUUUACUGUAAUGAUUCUUGUUGAUUUGUUGCGGAAGUCAUAAAUCUUGUUA